AAACAUGGCGGCCGUAUGAUGAAAAGACGAUCGCUCAAUGAACAGAAUGAAAUAGACGAAGCACAUGGCAGUCGGAUGAAGGUCUGAAGACAAGCAAUGGCUGACUACAACCAGCUACCCAUUAAAAUAGAGACAGAGCAUGAGCAGUUUGUGGUUCAGCUAGAUAACUCGGAGUAUGGUGACGAGGAGCUGCUAAGUCCCAAUGAAAGUGGGGACUUCUCGGAGUACCAUGAAUAUCAGGAUGGUGGUGGGAAGCUCCGGCUGAAGCGGAGACGCAAAUGUGGGCAGUGUGGACCAUGCCAGGUCAAGGAGAACUGUGACAAGUGUCACUUCUGCAUGAGGAGGGACGUUUUAAAACAGUCAUGCAUUUAUCGAAAGUGUUUAUAUUUGAGGAAGAAAAUGCCAAGGAUCCGCUCGGACAGUUUGAAUGGAAAUAAUGGCCUUCCCAGACCAGCAAUUCCAGGUGCACCCUCAGUACAUCCCACGUCCCCACCUGUCAUGUGUGUGUCACCAAAUCAGGGUCCAAUUCAGUCCCCCAAUGAAAUAAACUCUUGUCGUCUGCCUCAAAGUAGUCCAACUUUUGUUCCAGGCUCUCAUGGGCCAAGCCCUCCAGGAGCAAGUCCACCAGGACCAAAUUCACAGUCUUCACUUCCUGAUUCAUCACGGCAGCAACACUUAGACCCUCUUCGAGGAUUCCAAGCAGAUGUCAGACAUAUGACACCUGACAAUGUCAGGCCAUUUUCACAGGAAUCAAUGCGGUCUCAUUCUGUAGAACGACCAAGGUCACUCCAGGGUGAUGUCAGGCCCAUGUCAGCAGAGGCUGUGCGCUCUCCUCCAGCUAGUCAAGUGCCACCUGCACAGUCGGAGCUGUUGAGACAAAUGCCAUCAGGGCAUUACCAAGCACGCAUUAAUCACUUACAACAUUUUCAAAACAGUCAGAUACCACAGUUGCCUAAGGAUCAAAUUGGACCUCGAACAUUUGAUCAACUUGGACCUCGAGCAUUAGAACAGUUGAGACAUCUUGGUCCUGAGCACUAUGGAGCUGUGCAGUAUGGCCAUCCCCGACAUAUGAUACCUCCACAUGGAUUACCAACUCCAUAUGGGUUUCCUCCAGGCAAUAUUCCACCUGUGUCAUCAAGCCAGAUGAGUUUACCACAGGCAUGUCGCUACAGUGUGCCCACACAGCCAGCGUUCCAUCCACAUCUUGCAUACAACUCCAACUUAAGACCUCAUUCCUUAAAUUCUUCGAAUCCUUCAGGGACACUCAUGACUCCACCUUUCUACCCCCCUCCCCCUCCUCCUGUUGCUACCAGUCUGGCCAGUAUCCCAUUGGGUCAGUAUCAUCCUCCCUCUCAAAGUACCUUCUCUGCAGGUGGAUUUGGCUCUCACCACCCUGCAAUAUAUCCAGGGGGCCUCUACCCUCCAUUCAGACCACCUAAUGAACCAUUCAUUUACCAUGCUCGUUUGCCACCACCAUCGUCAGUGUUUUCAGAGCAUGCAAGCCAAAUGUCACAAUUUCGGGACCAGUAUUUAAAAAAGGCAGAAGAUGAGGAAGAAGAUUGUAAGAAGUUUGAUAUUUUCCGACUCACCAAGAAGAAUGAUGCAGAACUGAUGCGUGAAAAGUAUGCUGAAGAAAGUGGACGUAGUUCUGUUGAUUCUGUUAUUGUUUCAGACAAGGAACAGCUGAAUUCCAAAGUACCUCUACCAAAAUCUCGUGUUGAUGAUGACCUUUUGGAACAAAUAAACAACAUCUCACGAGAGGACCAAUGCAACGUAACAAUUACCAUUGAUGAUUUAAAAAUGCAGGCAUUUAUCAGAUCAGAUGGUGUAAAUAAUUUAGAAAUUGAGAUAGAAUCUCCAAACUUGUCCCCAGAUAGUUUACCAAGAUCACCCAACAAAGAUCAUUGCCCAAACUCUUCAUCAUCAAUAGAUGCUAAAAUUUCAUCCAAAACCAGUGUUGAGAAGAUCCGUGCAGAUGAGAAUUCUGAUGGUGGUUGUAAGCAGACGUCAAAGCUGACGACAUGCAGAAAACAGACAGUUACUGGCACUGUGUGUUUGAAGCAAGACUUGGGUGAUGAAGGCAUCAUGCAGCUGGAACUGCCGGGGCACAAGGUUCAGAUCGAGGAAACUCUACUGGAAGAGCAGUUGGUCAAACAGUCUGAUAAUCCUGAAGAACUCCUUCAGUUCAUAUCAAACCAAUCACCACCAUCAUCAUCAAUGUUUCCAGAAACAAUCACCAUUAACUAAUGUCAAUGAAAACAUUGGACUGAUCAUGACAUAUCUGUGUCUGUCACAAGGCCAGGUGACUGUUGUGCGUAGUUUUAUUAUAUUCAUCAUACACUUGUGGAGGCACUGUUUUUUUUACAGACAAGCUUAUGCCUUAUUUGUGUAGAGAUGUUUUCAGAAUAUGAGUAUCAUUAUUUGUCUGUUUUGAUAUUACAUUGUGAGUUAAGGUAUUUCCACCAGUGCUAAGAUGACCUUUCAUGAAACCAUUCAUGAACUGUGUUCGUAUCACGAAUAUGGAUAAUCAUGUGUCACCUUCCAAACAGAUCUCCUGAUUUGUUCUAACAUACAUCACCAUAAUGUCUUUUGAAACCCUGUUAUGUGAAGCAUAUAGAGCAAAGACUGUGAAAAACAAACAGACCAUACAUCCAGAUAUAAAAAUAAGGCCUUAAAGCCAUAACCUGUCAAUUACCUUAAUUUGAUAAACAAAGGGUGGUGUAUAUGUAAAAUAUAUACAAGUCCUUAUUUUGUGUAUGUAGAACAGCCUAUGAACGUGCAUGGGUCAUUUUUCUUUCGUUACAGAGAUUGUAUAUUUUCAUCUGUAUGUGCCCAUAACUAUAUUACAUGGUUGUAAAUAGGUGGGAGAGUGGUCUAGCUCCAUGUCUACCAUUAGAUGUUGUGAAAUGUCAAAGUAGAACAUGAAUAUCUAUUUUUCCACAGCAGUCGAAGAGGUCUUUUGUUGUACAAUCACACCAAUCACACGAUCACCAUGUAGCUGGUUUUAUGGCUUGAUUGUGAAUUGUCUUUUGUUCAAUGCUUACUUCACAGAAACAGUAGAACUAUUUCUAUGUUUAUAACAUGAGAACUGUGUCCUUAUGGUCCCAAUGGUGUGUUAUAACACGUUUACAUUUACUUUCCAAAUGGUAUUGUAACAGGUGCAGUGGAAAUUCAAAAAGUGGUAUUGAGAACAUUUAAUUGAACUCUUUUGAAACAUUUCUCUUUCUAAUCAUUCAGUAAUAUUUGCAGUACCGUAUAUUACCGUAGAUAAGCUGACCCCCAUAGAUAAGCCGACCCCCUAUAUGACCCUUAGAAUCAAUGUCAAAAUGGUAUGUUUCGUACAUAAGCCGAUCCCCGCGGUAUCUAGUUAAGAUUUCCUGGACCCUGUCCCCCAAAGCCAUAUUGGUGCCAAGCCCAUGUGAAAUAUUGCUUUGUAGAUUGGCGCCAACACUUAGUGUUGCAAUAUGACCGUGUGCAGGAUUUGUCAGAACAAUGAAGCAACAAAUUGGUGGAUUGUAUCCUUUUGUACUAUUCAAAUCAAAGCCAAACAGCAAAUGUGUGUGUUCUCCAGAUAGAUUAUACAGGUUCAUAAGCUUUAAACUGGAAUAUGUUUCUAUUGUCAUUCCUCAUCCGUUUUGUUUUGGGCAGAGGGUUCUGAAAGCAGCGAGAGGAUAUAUAAUGUCAGCUUCUCUGCUGUUAGGAAUGUUAUGAAGAAGGUGACAUUCAUGUAUUGUCUUCUUUACGGGGUCUCAAAUGAUGGGAACAGUUUCCAGACUUUAUUGGUUACAGUGGAUUAAUGGAGUAGUGCUCUUCAAAGUUAAAUGAACAAAACAGCAAGUUACAAGUCCAAAUAUACUCCCUAUUUACCUGAACCCUAGUAUCUGACCCUUCCUGGUAUCCACUGUAGGGGUCAGGAGUUGGGUAUAGAAUGCCUGAUUGGGCACUGUUUUACCCUUCCAAGAAUAGAUUGAUAAAAUGAUCUGAUUAUGUUUACACUUAAAGUUGCCUGAAGCUAUAUGUUUACUUGAAUGUAUGAAAGUCCAAAGGAGUGUGUCCAAGAAGAGAUGUUAACAUUUGAGAUGUGUUGUGUAACCAUGGAGUUUAAUUGUUGUUGCCAUUAAAGAAUAUAUCACAUAAACCACAGGUUGGGUAGUCAUGUGGGCUCUUGGAUGACUGCUGUGUUCUGGCACUUAGUGUGUUCAGACCUGUGACAGGUAGUGCUGUAGAUAUUGUUACCCCUUUCUCUGUAGCACCUGCCUUAAGUCAUUUUGCAGCUGGAAUGUUUGAAAGCUGCUUCUUGCUUACAUAAAUAUGAUAAUAAUCCAUUGUCAGUUCUGGACAGGCUUUGUAUACACUUCCUUUGCCCGUCACCUUGGUGUUCGGCUGAUCUGCAGUGUGGUAAUGAUGUUUCUCCAGUUUUCGUCAGCUGAGGAUGUUUAAAGUCACGGAAGUCAAAUAAGCUUCGUCAUCUGUAUGAAUAUUUGUCGAACCCUGCAGCUGGGUGAUAAUUAAGCAAACUGUACAUGUUUUACGAGAAAUAUUGCUGAUGCUUGAUGAAAUGUUGGUACUCAUAAGUCCUCACUUGCUUCCAUGACUGAGUCCAAGUCUGGAUUCAUUGGUUAACAGUAAUGGUGGUCCGAUUGAUUGAAAUAAUCGAAGAUUGGUCGCAAUGACUAAACGACCAAGCAAUCGAUCAUGUUUUCUCAUAAUCAAACACAAACAAUUUUUGAACAAGAUCAUUCCAAGUCAUGAUUGAAUUUAUCUUAAAGACUCCAGGUAAUUUAUGUUCCUCACAUACUAGUCAUCCUUUAAAUAUGUCAGAUUUGCAAAAUGCAUUUUGUGCAAUUUGCAAAAACACAGACAGAACUAAUGGUUAUUUUUUGUGCAUAUCCAAACAUAACGAGGAAAAUUUGAUAAAUGACGCUAACCAAUUAUUUUCGAUGAGUGAUCGGAUGUUAUGAACCAAUCAUCAAUUGUGAGAUUUAAACCAAUUCCAAACACUAGUUAACAGUAAUACCGCCACUGUAAGGAGUGUCGUUAUGUCAGGUGAUGGAGCAAUGCAGCGUGUACAAGACAUGUGGAGUGCUGAUUUACAUUGGAUCAUUUCGAUGGUAAGGUGAAUGUUUUGUGCUUAUAGAGUUCAAGUUGUAUUAUAUAUAAAUAAAAACAGAAAUAUUAGGGAGCAGUUCAAAGUUCAGUAAACCAUAAUUCCUGGAGUUGGAGUAUUGCCUAGAUUCUGUCCCAUAAAAAAAUUAUUGUUGUAAUGUUGACAUCCUGAGAACAAAUUUGAUAAUGGGAAUGAAACUUGACAUUAUAAUAGUGCUGGUGGUGUGGUAGAGAUCAUGUGUACACAAAGAUGACAUUACUGAAGCUGCCACUCUCAGCCCAGUAAAUAGACGGUGAUUUCAGCUGUUGUUGAAUGAUUUCAACUGUGAACCCUUGAAAGGUUCAUUACUGUCUGCUGUUGAUCACUGGAUUGUCUGGUCCAGACUAAAUUAUUUACAGACCGCCACCAUAUAGCUGGAACAUUGCUGAGUGCGCGGUAAAACUAAAUUCACUCACUCAUUACUGUCAGAUGAACUAUUUCCAGUUAAUCCAGAACUGGAGGACUUAUUGUUUGUAUCUUUCGAACUGCUCUUUAUCUAGUCGUAGGGUAAUAGUAUUGACAGUUCAGAACUGGACUCUUGAGUUCAGUUGUCAGACAACAAUGUAUAUUCUUUCAUUAUUAUUUCCAAGAUAUAUUUCACUGAUUGGAUAUUGGUAUACUAUCACUGAAAAGCUCAAGGUGCACAAGGUUUUUAUUUUCCAUUUUACAGAUUUUCUGUAGCG